AUGGACGCUGUGCAAAGGGAGUUGGACGCAGCGCGUGCUGAAAUUGAACGCAAGGAUAUAGAGCUUGACCAGGCAUUUCAGGAUAAGGAAGCUGCAACUGUAGAUUUGGAGAGUACCCUCGAAAGUGUACGGAAGGAGCUGCAACAUGUGAAACAGGAGAAAGAGGGUCUCGCUGUUUCUCGAGCUACAUUGCAAACGCAACUUACCACGCUUUCAGCAACUCAGUCCACUUCAUCUACCGAAGUUGAGUCUCUGAGACACCGAAUAGAGGAAACUGAGAGGGAGAAACGGGAUCUCGUCACCGUCGUGAGCAGGCUCAAGGAUGACGGCGCGCAAAGAGAAGGCAAGCCUUUCUCUUUUUAUUUGAACAGAAUGGUCAAUUUACGAAGUACGGCAGAGGAAAUUCAAACACUUCGGGCUAAUUUGAAGCAGGCCCGUCAAGAGCAUCAGAACCUGGAAACUCAACUCAGAGAAUUGCGCUCUUCGGAAACUGCCAUGAAGUUUAAAGUCGACACGAUUUCGCAACAGCUGCGACUUGCAACGGAACAAGCAUCUCGUGCGUCAGAUGAACUCACGGCCAAAGUCGAAGAAUUUGCGCGGUUCCGACAGUCAAAGCAUGCUGAUCUAGCGAAACUUCAAGCCUCACAUGACGCGUUGGUGCAGACUCACGCAGGAGUUGAAAGCCAAUUCAAGGCACUGCAGUCUGCACAUACUGCGCAGUCUCAUCAUCUCACGCAGGCAUUGACUCGUGUGCAAACAUUGACUGGACAGCUAGCAGAGCAGGAGGCUACUUAUUCAAGUGAGGCUGCAGGUCUCAAGCGACUCGUCGAAAUGAUGGAGGCGCGCGAAGCGGAGGCGAAGGCGGUUGUUGAUAGCAUAGAGCGAGAUUGGGCUGCCGUGAACGACAAAGCAGACAGACGAGAAACUGUGCUGAAGGAAGAGAUUGAGGAGCAAAGGCAGAGGGCUGAAGAAGCGGAAAGGAAAGUGGAGGAGCUCGAAACGGUCUUGGACAGAGUGGACAGAGGCGAAUUUCCCAUACCCUCUUCUGUUCUUGACGGGGCGACCCCUAGUACUCCCGCUCGUCGUCCCGGUACACCAUCCAUGACGAGCGGUACACCGGACUUCUUGACGCAAGGUAUGAUGGGUCUCAGUCCAACUGUUGCUAUGGCUAGUCGGGCGCAGAGGAGCGGCAAGACAUUCACGGAGGUGUAUGCUGAUUAUGUACGGUUACAAGAAGAGUUUGCUAAGAAGUCCGCGGAAUUCGACAACAUGGACCGCACAUUAUCAGCCGUCCUUGCCCAGAUUGAGGAACGGGCUCCAAUACUGUCUCAGCAGCGGGCCGAGUACGAAAGGCUGCAAUCGGAGGCGUCUCAGCUUGCAUCACAGCUAGCGCAGGCUUUGUCUGAACGUGAUAUGUAUGCAUCAGCGUCAGAGGAGAAUUCGCAAAAGCUCUCGAAGAGCUCGAAAGAGAACGAUCUACUCCAGAAGCAGUUGGACGACCUUGGCCGCCAGCUGCGAGUCCUUCUCAAAGAAGUUGGUCGGCUACAUGAUUCAUCUAUUCCACCAGAUGAUGAACUUGACCUUGAUGAGAACACACGACCUGCAGAGAAUAUUGAGGCGGUCAUCACGAAUAACUUGGUCUUAUUCCGCUCGAUUCCUCAACUACAAGAGCAGAACCAAAAGCUGCUGAAAAUUGUGCGCGAAUUGGGUUCUAAGAUGGAAUCUGAGGAGAAGGAGUAUCGGGAUGCGCUGGAGAAAGAGCAGAGUGAAGCGGUUCGGGAAGCACAUGAGGCGAUCAAGCAGCUCCAAGAGCAACUGGAAAGUCACAAAAAGAGUGGAGAAGUUACGAUUCAGGCCUACAUGAAGGAGCGCGAUUCGUUACGUGCUAUGCUGUCCAGGGACCGCUCCACUGAACAACCUCCGCCCAUGGUUAAUGGAGACGUACACAGCGAGCUGGAUUCUUCUGGAUCACAUUCUCAUUUGGAGAAGGAGCUGGCCGAAGUUCAUAGUCAAUUCGAAGCAUAUAAGGCUGAGAUGGGCGUCGACUCUGGCCGCCUACGGGAAGAGGUCCUGACCGCGCAGAGGGAGGCCGGUAGACUUGGUGCCGCUCUCGCCAAAGCCAACGCUCAAGUGGAGUUUUUGAACGAGCGCCAUCGCAUGAUUCAAGAGCAAAGUAUCGCCCAGAGUCGUGAACUCGAUAACAUGUCGAAACGCAACCAGCAAUUGUACGACCAGUACACCCGUAUUGACAUCGAAUGCAACCGGGUAUCGGAAGAGUUGCUCACGGCAAACAGCAUAACAGAACAAUUGCGUAGUGAAUGCGCAAAUCUGCGUGCGGAGAAGAAGAUCUGGGAGAGUGUUCAAACCCGCCUGGUGGAGGAGAACCGCAUCCUUACCGUGGAACGCUCUCAUCUGUCUGACCUCAUGGGCAAUGUCCAGAAGAUGCAUAGUGAUUUAGAGCGCUCGGGAGAGAAUGAUCGACGACGUCUUGAGAAUCAAAUCAAGAUGUUAGAGAACCAGACGCAAGAUCUGCGGAGCCAAUUGAGCCAGGAGCGUGAAGCCCUACGGCAUAUUGACCUCCAAAAGGACAUUGAAGUGAAGGAGCUUCAGUCUCGAAUGGAAAAGGCUUCCCAAGAGUUCGCUAAGACACGCGAAGCUCUCGUUGCCGCAGAGACUAGCAAAAAACAUCUAGAAGAACGCGUCGAGGACCUAGUUCGUCAACUUCAAGGUAAUGAGGAGAAAUUGGCCGUGUAUGAGCGUAGAGCUACUGGUGUAAACGGCGUUGCCCAACGUCCCGACGAAGACUUGACGCGAGAGCAGCAGCUUGAGGCUGAAGUUGCCGAGCUUCGCUCUGCGUUGAAAGUUGCUCAAGUUGACCUCACAGCUGCUAGAAGUCAUGUCCAGCAGUUCCAGGAGAUUAGUCAAGCGAACGAAGCUGCACUGGCGACACUUAACUCUACGCAUGACGAAUAUAAGGCAGCUACCGAUGCCGAACUCGCUAAAAGCACGUCGGAGUAUAACGCUCUUCAAGAACGGUUUCAAACGAUACAACAGGAACUGGAGCAAUUGUCGGAGAAGAAUCUGGAGCUACGUCGCUCUCUUGAGACCGAGCGGAUCGCUUGGACCCAAGAUCGAAAGACUCUUGAAGACACGAUCGUCGACAUGAGUGCAUCAGAGCGAAAUUCUGAGAACGAUCGUGCGUCGCGCGAAAGUGAGGUGAGGCAACAAGUAGAGCGGGCAAAGGCUGCUGAGGACCGCUACAGUCGGGAAGUAAUGGCCCACGCUGAUGCUCUGAAGGUCGUAGAUGAGCUAAAGGAGCAAUUGUCGAAGUCCCAACAUUCGCUCAGGACAGCCACGACUGCAUACGAGACAGCGCAAGCGAAACUUAUUACCUCAGAAACUAGUUGGAAGCAGCAGAAAGACGCUUUAGACAAGGAGAUUGCUGAUUUGAACGCAAGAUGUAAGGACUUGGGAUCUCAGAAUGGCCUCCUUCACCAGCACCUGGAAUCCGUCAGCUCCCAAGCGGCUCGAAUCAGGCAGGCCGCAGAUUCUACUUCUGACACGGCUGUCGGAGAGCCCGAUUCGACAGAUGCAGAUGCAAAGUACUCCGAACUACGUGCUGUAAUAACUUACCUCCGCAGAGAGAAGGAGAUAGUCGACUUGCAAUUAGACCUAAGCAAGCAGGAGACGACAAGGUUGAAAACCCAGGUCGACUACCUUUCACACAAUCUAGAGGAAACUCGCAGAGCUUUAUCUGAGGAACGCGAGCGAGCUGUGGAGACAGCUUCUUCCGAAGCGCAACAUGUUGAGCUUUUGGAGAGAAUCAACCAACUCACCAUUCUGCGCGAAAGCAAUGCUACUCUCCGGGCUGAUUGUGACAGGCACGCCAAGCGAGCAAGAGAGUUGGACACCAUGCUUAAACAGAUAUCGGGAGAGCUUGACCCCGCUAAGGAGCAGCUUCGCAUCGCUCAGGCAGAACUAGAGGCAAAAGACCAUCAAAUCGAACACCUUGAACAAGAAAGUCAGAGGUGGAAGGAACGCAAUUCACAGCUUCUCAGCAAGUAUGAUCGCAUCGACCCCGCCGAAGUGCAAUCUCUUAAAGACGAAAUUGAGAGGCUCAAAGUACAGAAAGACGAGUUAGAGAAAGCAAUUUCUGAGCGAGAUCAGCGUCUAACUGUCCAAGAUGAAAAGGCGGUCUCGAUGCAGCGGACUAUCGACAGAAACAAGGAGAUUGGAAUUCAGAACAACCAGAAAUUCCGUGCCAGUUUCGAAAGGUUCAACGCUGAAAAAGCGCAGAUGACAAGCGAAAUAGAUGGACUGAAAGCUCAGAUUCAAGCCCUAACAUCAGAGCGAGAUGAGCUAAAGGAUCGAUCACGGAGCGCGCCUACCAUGGCUAGCGUGCAUGAUUUAUCUGAGGAAGUUGAUGCUCUACGGAGAGACAAAGUUACACUAGAGCAAUCGCUCGCAGAUGCUCAAUCGCGGCAAGCAAGUUUCAACGACGUGGAAGCUACAAUUGCGACGUUGAGGGAAGAGCGCGACAAGCUGCUUGCAGAAAAGUCGUCAUGGAAUGUCCCAGUCUCAGAUGGUGCCAAUCAAUUAGACCUGCAGCGACAAUGGGAUGGAGAGAAAGCUGAACUGAUUCGAAGUCGGGAAGAUGUAAUCGCUCAGGCAAAGGCAGCGACGGAACAAGCACAGAAGGCAGUAGAGGAGGCAAAAAAUCUUCGCUUGUCGAAUGAGAAAUUCCAAGCAAAGAUUCAGGAUUUGUCGAAGGGACGAGCUGCGGACAGUGAACGUGCAGCUGCUCAACAACAAGCUGCCGUCGACGCGGCAGUGGAGAAGCUGCGAGCUGAACUGCAAGUUGUUUCCUCUUCGACUAGCUCAGAUGAGGUUGCCGCUCGCCACGCCCGCGAACUGCAGGAGCUUGAGGAGCGAUUGACUACGCGACAUCGAGAAGAGUUGAAAGCUGCAGUAGAGGCUGCUAUUGCGCAAGGACAAACGCAUGCAUCGGUCUCUAGUCCUGAUGUUGAUCAAGCCGUCCAGGCCGCUGUCGCUGCCAACGAGGCCAAAUUGAAAGAGCAGCACGAGCAGGAACUUGCAGGUGCGGUUGAGCGAGGUCGAAUGGAACAAGCUGCGAAGACGAAGUUGAAGGAUCACCAACUGGUCAGGGCGCAGGCUAAACUCAAGGAACUUGAGGGGCAGAUGCAAGAGUUGAGAAAAAAUGGUGUUAUACCCCAAGCACCCCCUCCGGCUACUACGACUGCCAAACCGAUGGCAGCUGCCCCUGCGAGUGCUUCAACUUCCAAACCCGCGAUCAAUGCGCCUGCGGCUGCUGUCGCGCAAAGAACUUUGCCUCGGAAACCAUCCUUGGGUCAUCCCACUGCUGAAGGACUGGGUCGCGGAAGAGGUGCUGUUCGUGGUGUUGCACGAGGUGGACUUGCAAUCCGUGGAACAGCAGGAGUAGGGCGCGGUGCUGCUCCUGCAGCUUCAGCUCCCCCCGCAGACGGAACAACCGGGGAGGUUUCGAUAGUGGGAGCAGCAGGAAAGCGCGCAAGGGAGGAAGGAGAAACCGCCCCCGAUGACUCAUUGGCAAAACGUCUCAAACCGGCGGAAGGAAGCAGUAAACCGGUGACAUUGCGACGAGAUCGUGUUCCUCCGCCUCCAUGA